AUGUAUCCAAUAGAAAGGCUUCUCGGAGAGUUGAAAAAAACUGUACGCAACAGGGCAAAACCUGAAGGAUCAAUUAUAGAGGCUUGGGUUCAAUAUGAGUCGCUUACUUUCUGUGGAAUAUAUUUAAAAGAUGUGGACACGGCUUUUAAUCGUCCUCAGCGCAAUAAUGACGAAGGUCUGAGAAAUGAGAAACUUUCUGUUUUCGCCCAAAGCGCACGACCCUUUGGAGAUCUGAUAAUGUCAUACUUAGAUGAGCAUGAAGAGAUGAUGAAGCGAGAACAUCCAUCACAUUUGUAUGCCAAGAAACACCGUGAUUUGUUUCCAAAAUGGUUUUUGGAAUAUGUGAAUAAGUUGAAAUCAUCGAAUUCACCCUCUUACAGUGAAGAGUUAUAUAACUUGGCGUUCGGCCCGAUUCGCACUGAAUUAUUCUCGGGUUGCCGUGUUAAUGGCGUCAAGUUUUUGGGGACUGCACGAGAUAACAAGUUGUGUACGCAAAACAGUGGUGUCCAUGUCCUAGGUGGUGGCGAAAGUACAGACAUUGAUUUCUAUGGCAAACUCACAACUGUCAUGCAAUUGCUUUACAAAGACCGAUACCAAGUGAUCAUGUUUAAGUGUCGAUGGUUUGAUACAAACCCAAAUAGGCAGGGAAGUGUUAAAAUAGACCAUGGCUUACUAUCAGUGAACAUUAACAGAACUUGGUAUGAUGACGACCCUUACAUUUUGGCAAACAUGGCAAGACAGAUUGUGUAUCUAGAUGACCCUAAAGCCAGAAGCAGUUGA